AUGGUUCGUAAGACAAGCAAACUGCUUAUGCUAUGGAUGAAUAUUCUCUAUCCCGCCUACAGACAUCGAAUCCGCUACGUGGCUGACCUAAGCGAAGAUCCCAUCAGCUUCUCAGGACCCACUACGUCUAUUUAUGAGACUAUUUAUGAGGUUCGAAGGUUGUGGAACAUACAGACACGGUUACUUCAGAUGUGUGCCGAUCACAGGCUGUUCCUUUGCAGUACGAAUUUCCGGAAUAGCGGACAUCGCUUGACGUCGUGCCCACCAUCAAACCAGCGCCGAAUCCAAAUAGACCACAUCGCCGUCAGUUAUCGGUGGCGAGGGUUGAUCACUGCCUGCUGCUCCUUCUGGAACACCAGCGUGGACUCCGACCAUGCACUUAUACGCUACUGCUUUUCAUUGCGCUUUUCAGGUGUACGCAAAUCGCGCACACCUCGCUUAACUAUUGAGAAGCUAUUUUCCCUAUUCUACCCGAACCCACCAUGUUUGGAUACUUUCCCUGCAGGUUCCGGCACUAGGACUGACCGCUUUGUUCAUCAGGAAUCACACCCAGCCGCGGUUCCUGUAGGUUUGACUUCAGUGAAAACCCUAAAUACUCUGAAAUCUGUUUUCGGUGUAUGCUGCAUGUUCCACCUGCGCACUUCUGAUGAUUCGGAAGCCGCUGCAGCUGGAUAUACCGGGAUGAGUAUUGUGUUAGCGAUCGAGCGGAAGCGUCUCCAAUUGAUUGGAUAA